GCAACAAACAUUUUCAAUGACUUCUGAAGGCUUUUAUACGCUUUCCUGAAGAUCUGACGAGUGCACUCUUUUACAAAGGACUUGGUUAUUUGUCGAAACCAUUGCUACUGCAGUCGUCUGGAAGUGAGACGCGUCACCCAGCCUCUUCAUGACGUUGAACUUCACCGUUCACUACACUGAGCGUCUGGUUCCGUUGACAAGGCUGCAGUUAUCUACGCAGACUAAGCCUACAAGCGAUGACGGUGCACUAAAGUCGACGCAUGCAAUGCUCCAGGGCUCACCCUCUGAAGCUACGGUGCAGCAAUCUAUAGACUUUCUCCGUACUUUCCCUGUUCGGGAGGGCAAACCAGGGCUGCAAUCUGACAGCGAGGAACUCGUCUUCUACAAUGCCGUCGUCAGGAAAACCAUUUUCAACAUGUAUGCGCUCGCCGUGGAUCUUUACCUGGAGGAAUCAAGUGCGGCUCAGCUUGACGCAGAGUGGUGGGCCGAUAUCGAACAAUCCACCUGGUCUGUGGCAUUGUAUCUCUUACAGUCGUUGCCAAGCCGUCUUCGCAGAGUUCUGCAGUUGAUUCAGACACGGAAGACGUCUGUUCGAUUGUCGGCAUUCCGCCCAUCGUCUAUUACAAGAUUCUACUGGAAUGCUGCGCCUAUUCGCCUCAACCCGUUCAUGGUUGCACUCUUUCCCUAUCUGCGAGACCAGCCCUCUGCUGUGGCAUCAUUUACUCCUGUUAUCGCAGGAAAGAGUACGCGACCAGACUCCCUCGUUGCCCUGGCUGAGAAAGUACAUGGUGGGGUCAUGUACAGUAUACAAAGAGUGGUUUCUCUCGUGCUCUUUCCUCUCCGUCUUGCUCGAGAAGAGUGUCAGCUCAGAAGAAAAGAGUUGGAGAAGGUGAGGGACGAAAGGGCGGAAGUCCUUGGAAAUAUUUUGGAGUUGCGAUCCUUGCUCGCAAAUGGUCUGGAGGCUGACUUCAAUGUUUCGACCACUGGUUCGUCCAUCGACAAUCAAGUCCUUACGGAGUUUCUGUUCAAGUUCGCUGUCGUCACGUCAGGCGACGCAUCACAGAAAGCUGUUCUUCCUUUGAUCGAACAACUCCUCAAUGCAUUUAAAAACCAUGGAAUUCUGCAUGACGCGUACCUGGACGCCCACGAUCUGCGACGACCAUCCCGACUUACCCUCUUAUGGCCUCGCUUAUUUCUGCUUCCCCCACUGACGCUCUAUUGCGCCAAGCACAUUUAUGCUUCCAGAGCAACUUUAGCCGACCUUAUGCUAGAUGUGGUGAACACCGUACAAAACUUUUUCAAGGGUUGGCUGUUUGACCCUAUAAAAGACGUCCUUAUAACUAUCCGUGCUGGUGGAGAAGAUGGUGUCAUUGUUAGGCGAGAAGCAGUUGCUGCCGACCUCGAUUCACUCGAGCGCAUGACCCUUGCUCUCGCUAGGGAGAAACUUAGUUAUGAUUCUACGCAACUUGAAGCACUUUCACAGCAGAUACGUCAGGGUGACCUCACUGCCGUGCUGAAGAUCUAUGAAGAGGACAUAAAAAAUCCGGUGAAAUCUGCAAUAUCGGGGACGCUCUUGAGGUCAAUGUUCAUUCAGGUCCAGAAGGCCAAAGUGGAUCUCGAUCAAGCACUGGCCGGCAUCGAUAAGCUGUUGAAGUCUCAAGAACUCACUUUUGCAUUCGUGGGUGUCGCGCCAGCCCUUGCUGUCAUAUAUGUCGCAGGAGGAUUCCUAAGAGGAUUACUGUCUAUCAGACCUGGGAAGUAUGGAGGGAAACUCAGAAAGACCAGCGUUUGGCUUGCAAUGAGACGUAUCGAGCGGCUCCUGCUAUUCCAACCUAAAUUGUUGCACCAUCGAUUAUUGGUUUUAUCUCUGGCGCAUCUUCGAGAGUACGCUCUGACGUCACUACCAGCACGGUCACGACUCCGGGAAGGAUUUUUGGAAGAUAUCGAGAUCCUUGAAGAUCCUGGAUUGCGUCGAUCGGAAAAACUCAGAAUUAUCGAUAGAAUGUGGAAGAGUUGGGGAAAGGAGCUUGGUUGGUACGAUUUGGCGGGUGGUGGGUCAAACAGGUAGAGAUUGGUUCCCUCCAAGGCGCAUUGCAGAGGAACCGAUAGAUAACUGGGGACUCAAUGUGAUCAUAUUAUUUCGUUGCGUGCGUUUCCGAGGCCAACCAACAACAAUCACAGCUUGUGAUAGCAAAAUGCAGUAUUGACUACGCAGACCCAACUAGGAAUUCUAGGAUAUCCGUACCCGUAGCAUUGAGGGAAUGUCGAAUGCAUGGUAUAAUGAGCUGGCGAGCGGGACUUAAUGAAGGAGGAAGCAUAAGCCCACCACCGAGACCUCUCCUAUGCCAAGAGUUCGCUGCAAAAAAGCGCGUCAAGGUCAGCAUC